AUGCUGCACCUCGCAGUAGAAAAUGUUAAAAAAAAUAGAAUGUCCUCUAGAACAGCCGAAAAAACAUUUGAUAUACCUAGGCGCACCAUCCUAAACAAAGUGAAAGAGUGCCAUAACAAAAAUGUUGGAACUCCUACUCGACUCUCUUUCCAAGAGGAAAAGAGUAUUCAAGCAUUGAUUGCAGCCGGCGAAUAUGGUUGCCCACUAACGAAGCUUGAUUUACGUUUGACUGUUUUCGAAUAUCUGAAAAAAAAUAAUCGUGAAAAUUUAUUUCAUGGAAAACCACCAGGCAAAGACUGGGUUACAAGUUUUCUUAAUCGGCAUGCAGGUGAACUUUCUGUUAGAAGUACGCAAAAUAUUAAAACAGCGCGGGCUCAAAAAAGCGCGAAGGAUUUCUUAGAAUAUUUUCAGAAUUUAGAAGAAACUGUAAGAGAUGUUCCUCCAUCUAAUAUUUUAAAUCUAGAUGAAACUAACCUAAGCGACGACCCAGGUUCUUCAAAAUGCAUAUUUCGCAGGGGUGUAAAAUAUCCUGAGCGAGUCCUUAACUCCUCAAAAGGCGCCAUUUCGCUAAUGUUUUCUGCGGCAGCCAACGGUACUAGUCUAUCUCCGUAUGUGGUAUAUAAGGCAGAAAAUUUAUAUUCGGAAUGGAUUCAAGGAGGCCCUCGUGGUGCAAGAUACAACCGAACAUCAUCCGGAUGGUUUGAUUCCACAAUAUUUGAAGAUUAUUUUAAAAAUGUUGUAUUGACAUGGGCAGAGGGUUUGAGUGGCAAAAAUAGCGUUAACGAAAAUGAUACAAUUGAUGAUAUGAUAGGAAAUAAUGACGAAUACAAUUUAAGCACACAUACAACAGAUAAUCAAGCUUUACCAACUUUUACUGAAAUUGACAUAUUAGACGAAAAAAACGGAACUUUACUCUCACAAAUUACACCCACAUUAUGUGAAAUAAAUGCUUCAAGCGGUACCAUCAUGAAACCAAAGAAUCAUGAUUCGUGUAAAGAAAACACUAACCUAUUGAAGACUGAAAAACAAAAACCAAAGAUUGUAUCUUGUGUAACUAUACCGUCCACAAAACGUACGUCAAAUAUUAUUUACCAAAGCGAUUAUGAUAAAGAAAAUAUCGAAGCUAGACAAACGAUAGCAAAACAAAAUGAUUUUUAUUUUUACACAGAAAAGUCUAGAAACAUUUCAACAAAAGCGGAAAAAAUUAAAAAAACAAAAACAUCCAAUGUUAAGCUGCGACCAAAGGAAAGAAUUAGAAAAGACUUUAAAGUUUCCAAAGAAAAAAAUAUGAAAGGCUUAAAGAAGAAGAUGAAACGAAGAGACAGUAAAUCAAGCAACAGUGAUAUCGAUAUGAGUAUUCACAGUGAUUCAGAUAUAUGCGGGAUUGUUUCCGAUCAAGAUGAGCCAGGUUCUCCUGUAGAUGCUUAUGAUUCUAAUUUAUCUAUAGGCAGUGAGAACAUAGUAGCGACUAUCACAAAAACAGGUCCUAAUUUAUGUUUGAAUGAACCACUGGUUCCUGUAACAGUAGAUCAUUUUUCAGAACCAGGGCCCUCGACUAGUUCAACGCGCGAAGAAGUUUCUGUAGAGUAUAAAAUAGGCGAAUAUGUUUUGGUUAGAUAUUUUUUUACAAAAAAAGUUGAUUAUUACGUGGGAAUCAUUUUAGACAAGCCAAAAAAUGGCAAGUUAAAAGUAUCUUUCUUAAGAAAAGUCGGCAAAAAUGACAACUCAAAAUUUAUAAAAGUAAAAUCACCGGAUAUCGAAGUAAUAGACUGUAAGAAUAUUGUCAAGACUGCUGAGCUUCUAGCAAUUAAUGACGCCGAAACUGAUUUUGUACUUGCUGAUGAUGACGAUUACAUUUAUUUUGAUUAUUAA